AAACGAAUGUGAUUGAAGUGUGAGGUGGUAGAUGAACGCUAGCAUGGUUGUUAUACGUCUGUGAAGGAUGAUGGUUUGGUGGUAAUGCCAUUUAAAAUGAAUGUAACAGUAGGGUGCUUGUUCUUGCGUGCUCGGUGUUUAAGUCGUGGUGUCCUGACGAGUGUCCGACACAUCACUGAACAAACAUCGCCGGAGAUAACAGAGAAAGCCAGAUUUAGCCCAGCACCGACUUCUAAAUAUGACUGGAUUGGGCCACCAGACAGAUUGUCGAACCUGCGGCCUAUCAUAUACCAUAUCCCUGAGAAUGAGACCCAGCUGGAGAGGAAACUGAGGCAUCUGAGGCAGGAAACGGAGGACUGGAACCAUGAGUUCUGGACAAGACAGAAUACCACCUUUAGCAAGGAGAAAGAGGAAUACAUACAGUCACAGCUGAAGGUAAAAGGACUGACAGAAAGAGAUGAGAACGGAAGAAAAAGGAAUCUAACCAGUGAGGAAAUGGCUACCUUCUACAAACGCUUCUUAGACAAAAACUAUAUGAAACAUGCAGCUUAUAACAAAGAAUGGUACAAACGGAACUUCACCAUUACGACAUUGAUGGCCAGAGUAACUCUGCAUAAUUUCUGGAGGACAGUAACUGGUCAAGCGAGGAGUAAAGGCAAACCCACAACAAUGUCCAAAUAAAAACUCUGUCAAUCAGUUUCCUGUGUCCACGCUGUUCUGCUUAACAUCAUGACAUUCCACAAAGAUUUCAUUAACUAUGAUCACAAUGGCAAUCUGUCAAAAUGUAAAUCUAAAAAUGCAUUAUAGUACUUAUAUGAUUUAUUCGUUUAACAUGUAACUAACUCAGAUACAUAAACAGUUGUAUUCUGCAGUACAAAUGCAUAACCA